GUAUGUUUUUACAAUCUUUCUCUGUUAUAGUGAUCUAAUUCACUAGACCUAAUGAAAGUUGUGCACUUGUGCUUUUGGCACCACUUUAAUGUACUUGGAUAAUUUUCUGUAAUCAAUGUUGUGUGCAAUCUGUUUGUCACGUUUGAGAUUAAUCAAACGUACAAUCUAUUCUGAAAAUUAAAGUUUUCCUUUAUAUAUGACUAAAUGAAUAGGUACCUAUGUACUUGAUUUCUUUCAGAAUAGCCAAUACGCACUGUUGAAAUUUUUGAAAUGUCAGUUGACAGCAGCAGUAUGUUUGUAGAUGAUAGAAUAACAGUUGGUAUUCUGACAAUAAGUGAUCGUUGUUCUUCUGGGGAGGCAACAGAUUUCAGUGGACAGAACCUGGCUCAGCUCAUUGAGGAAGGCAUCAUUCCUAAUGCCAAGCUGGCAGCGUCAGGUUGCGUAGCAGAUGACCAGCGCAACAUCAUUGAGGCACUUGAGCACUGGUGUGAUCACCUUCGUCUUAAUCUGAUCCUGACCACGGGGGGUACUGGUGUUGCACCCAGAGAUGUCACGCCAGAGGCUGUGCGAGCCGUAAUCCAAAAAGAAGUUACUGGUUUGUCUUUUUUGAUGACAUCCUCGUCGCUAAAGUCAACUCAGUUUGCUGCGCUGUCUCGCCCUGUGUGCGGUAUCCGCGAUACGAGCCUCAUUGUGACCCUCCCAGGAAGCCAGAAAGGAUCGGAAGAGUGCCUCAGAUUUGUGGCAUCGGUCCUGCCUCAUGCUCUUGACCUUAUCAGCAACAGAACCUCUAAACUCAAUACCACUCACCAAGCUCUCCAAUCAACUCCUGUUGUUAAACUCGAGAAUGAUGCAGCUGAUUUUGGUUCGUGUGAACAACAACCUCUUAAACACCAUCACAGAGCUCAUGACCACCACGACUGUAGUGCAUCUAAAGCACAAGUUGAAGAUAUUUGCAGUCGACCCAGGAAAUCUCCAUAUAAAAUGAUAACUGUGGACCAAGCUCAAGAGAUCAUAUUCAAAAUGGCAUCUACCAAGAAUCCUGUUAAUCUUCCUCUCAAUCAAGCUCACGGAUUUGUAUUAUCCGAAGAUGUGGUGUCCAAGUACCCACUGCCUCCUUUUCCGGCAUCGGUCAAAGACGGCUAUGCCGUGAUCGCUGCUGACGGUGCAGGAGUCAGGAGAGUCGUCAGUGCGGUCGCGGCCGGCGACCACGCUGAACUGGGCACCGAUGCAGUCCUCGCGCGCGGGGACUGCAUCAGAAUAAACACUGGAGCGCCGGUGCCGCGUGGUGCAGAUGCUGUGGUGCAGGUAGAAGACACAGAGCUACUGAAGUCAUCUGAGGAUGGAGGUGUUGAACUGGAGGUCAAGAUAUUGAAGGCACCGAAGGAAGGUCAGGAUAUCAGGCCGCUGGGGUGCGACAUCGCACUUGGUGAACUCGUGCUGCCUAAGGGCACGUACUUGGGUCCUGCUGAAAUAGGACUCGCCGCCAGUGUUGGACUUGCCAAUGUCAUGGUCUUCCCUAAGCCUUUGGUCGGAGUGCUCUCCACAGGAAACGAAGUGCAGGCUGCCGAUGGUCGUCCCCUGGCACGUGGUUGCAUUUUCGACAGCAAUUCCCCGACUCUGGUAUCACUGCUACGUCUGCAUCACUACAACUGCAUCACCUGCCACUCUGCUAAGGAUACCCCUGAUGACCUCAAGAACAGCAUCUCUUCCAUGCUGGAUCAAGACGUGGACAUUCUGGUGACGAGUGGCGGGGUGAGCAUGGGCGACAAGGACAUCCUCAGGCCCGUCCUGCAGGCCGACUUUGAUGCCACCAUACAUUUCGCUCAGGUGUUAAUGAAGCCCGGCAAGCCGACGACUUUCGCGAGUAUGUCAUACAAGGGCAGGAGACGGCUGGUGCUGGGGCUCCCCGGCAACCCUGUGUCUGCCACCGUCACCGCAAACCUCUACCUCAUUCCCUUGUGUCGGGCGAUCUCUGGCAGAGCUGACUUUAUGUACACACAAUUAAAAGUCAAGCUAGAGCACAGCAUCAGCUUGGACCAUCGUCCCGAGUACCACAGAGCGGUGCUGUCGUUCUCGCCGUCCUGCGACCUGCCGCUCGCGAGGUCCACGGGCUCUCAGUUGUCCUCCCGCCUCUUGUCCAUGGCCAACGCAAGAGUUCUCCUUGUGCUGCCUCCUCGCUCACCCGUCCAACCUUCUCUUCAGGCUGGAGAAAUUGUCACUGCCAUACUACUUUAAGUUUGUACGCAUUGAUUCUAAUUCCAUAUUUACUUGUGUAAUAAUAACUGGGACUCAUAAUCUUUGAUUAAUUUCCAGAGUUUUUUUUUCUAUUUCGGGUGCCUGAACUUCAUUGUUUGGCCUAUUAACUGGUUUUAUUUCCUGUGACUCUUGUGCAUUGGAAUCAUAACCUUCGUUGAAUUUAUUUGGAGAAACUUGUGUUAAUUUGAUAUUUGGUACGACAAAGGUCGUGCCAAUUAGAUCAACAACCAACGAUUAAAUCAGCCAACUAAUAUCUCAACAAAUGUCUGGGUUUUUAAUGAACAAUAUCAAAUAAAUUCAGAGAUCUGCGAAAUGCCUGACCUGGUUCACUUAAAAGUUUCGUAAUUUUUAAAGCAGAGCUCUUUUUGUAAUAGUGUUCCAUAUAAAUAAAUUCCAUUUUAAUUGAUAUAUUUUACAGGUAUGCCUUGUUUUAUUAUUCUGGCGACUAUGGAGUAGCACUCAAUUGAUUCAAUGACAUGCAUUUCCUUAUCUGCGCAUUCAAAAUGUUUGCGUGCAUGUAACAUGUCACAUGUGUUGUU